GGCAGCGCCGGAAGGACCGUGCGGCGGCCGGGCCGGCGAGGAGCCAGGCCGGGACGCGGCCGGUUUGAGCGGCACCCGGGGGAGGUGGCGGCGGUGGCCGCGGGACCGCGCGGCCGCCGCCAUGUUCCGUUGUGGAGAGAGCAGCCAACAGCAAAAAAGUGAGUGAAGGUUCUGUGGCUUUGCCUCCAUAUUGUCACCUAAAGGAAAGCUUUUGGAGUCUUCGUGCAGAUAGAAGGACUUAAAGAUUCAAGAGUUUCUGUUCUGUCUCACUUUAUGAAUCCUUAUGAGUAUCAGGGACGUUGUAAGUGGGGAGAGUGAGGAGGAAAGUAAUGGUGUCAACUUGAUGGAGUUCUCAGAUGAGAUCCUUUUGCACAUCCUCAGCUACGUCCCUUGCACAGACCUUGUCCUGAACGUCAGGAGAACCUGCAGGAAACUCGCCAUGCUUUGCCUUGACAAGAGUCUAACCCAUACAGUUUUACUUCAGAAAGACUAUAAGGUAAACAAAGACAAGGUGAAGCAACUGAUGAGGGAUAUCGGAAAAGAGAUUUACCAGCUGAACAUGGCUGGGUGUUACUGGCUGCCCAGCUCCACUAUCGAUCACGUAACACGAUGCAAGAACCUGGUCAAACUGAACUUGUGUGGGUGCCACGUCACCUCUCUCCGUCUCUCAAAGAUGCUGUCCACGCUCCAGCACCUGCGCUCCCUGGCGAUCGACGUCAAUCCGGGUUUCGACGCCAGUCAGCUAAGCAGUGAGUGUAAAGCCACUCUUAGCCGCGUCUCGGAAUUGAAACAAACCCUUUACACGCCGUCAUAUGGUGUCGUUCCCUGCUGCACUAGCCUUGAGAAACUGCUGCUUUAUUUUGAGAUCCUUGAUCGCUCACGAGAAGGUUUUAUGCUCUCUGGGCAGCUAAUGGUAGGUGAGAGCAAUGUGCCCCAUUACCAGAACCUCCGCGUCUUCUAUGCCAGGCUGGCUCCUGGCUACGUUAACCAGGAGGUGGUGAGGCUGUACUUGGCGGUGCUGAGUGAUCGGACACCCGAGAACCUUCACGCCUUCCUUAUUUCUGCCCCCGGUAGCUUUGCGGAGACAGGAGCCACUAAAAACCUCCUGGACUCUAUGGCUCGAAAUGUACGUCUGGAUGCUUUACAAUUACCCAAAGCCUGGAUUAAUGGCUCUGGGCUCCUGCAACACUUGAAGUUCAACAACCCCUUCUACUUCAGCUUUAGCAGAUGCACCUUAUCUGGUGGUCACCUGAUCCAGAGGGUUAUUAACGGUGGGAAGGAUCUUAAAAGCUUGACUAGUUUGAAUCUCAGUGGCUGCGUUCACUGCCUGGCUCCGGAGUCCUUGUUUCGGAAAGCAGAAGAUGACAUUGACAGCAGCAUUCUGGAAAGCCUGGUAGUGUCCUGCUGCAAUCUGAGACACCUCAACCUCUCUGCAGCUCACCAUCACAGCUCAGAAAGCAUAGGGAAUCACUUGUGCCAGCUUCUGUCCAGGUUAAAGCACCUGCUCUCGUUAGCACUACCAGUUUGCUCCAUCACCGAUGUUGCUGCAAACGUGGAAAAGCCACCCACAGCAUCUAAUUUCGUACCCCAAACAUUUGGAAGAAAAGUUCGGAUUGGGAUACAGACAUAUCCAAGGAACUUAGCGGACCAGGCAAAUCAGAAGAUCGAGUCUUCAGUUUUCUGGGCUCUGAUGGGAAGCCUCCGAUUUUUGGAAACCUUGGAAAUAAUCGGGUCCAGUUUUUCCUCUGCCAUGCCCCGCAACGAGCCAGCGAUUCGGAACUCAUUGCCUCCUUGUGUCCGGGCACAAAGUGUGGGGGACUCAGAGGUGGCUGCCAUUAGCCAGUUGACUUACUUACAGAGCCUCACCUUAGCACAACUGCCCAGUAUUCUUACUGGCUCUGGGCUUGUUAACAUUGGAUUGCAGUGCCAGCACUUGCGGACUCUUUCAUUGGCCAACCUGGGCAUGAUGGGGAAAGUGGUCUAUAUGUCAGCUCUCAUGGACAUGCUGAAGCACUGCAAGUGUUUGAGAGAUCUCAGGCUGGAACAGCCGUACUUCUGUGCGGGCGCCCAGUUCUUCCAGGCACUGAGUCACUGCUCCUCUCUCCAGCGGCUUUGCAUCGUCUCCCGGAGCGGGACUCUGCAGUCUGACGCAGUGAUGUCAUUCAUGGCCAACUGCCUUGAGGUCAUCAUGUGCCACAUGUUUAUGGGCGAAUCUCUUACCGUUUGCAAAAAUCUCCAACAAUCUAUUGUCCGGAGUUUCCAGGCGGACCGCCCUGCAUUAAACGUCGUCAUCUUCCCUCUGCUUCACGAGGACUUGACAGAGGUCAUCAGAGAUGUCCCCAUGCGGCACUUGGAUGAAAUUACCUUGUUUAAAAGCAGAGUGGCUGAGGAACCUCCCAACUUGUGGUGGUGACUGUCACAGCGUGGAAAGGACAGUCAGCACGAACACACGAAAUAGCUUCUUGUUGGCCUGGAUUCCCCAUCUUCAGCUCCUGGCCGCCUCACUGGAUGCUGUACAAUCACUUUAAAUAGGUGCAAUUGCAAAAUAAUAAAAAAAAAGCGCUGGUCCUUUGCAGUGGGGAAACAUCUAUUGGAUAUUGCUUGCAUCUGAAAAUCCUGUCUCAAAGGCUUCUGGAAUUUGAUGAGUAUUUCCUUGCGGUUAGUAUGAAUUGCUUUGUUAUUUUACUGACCUUAAAGGUAAGAGAAACUGAAUUAAUGAUGCUCUUUCCCCUGUGUCGCCUGGUGUGUUUCCUAAGGGCCCUUGUGUACUUUGGCAGUGUGCUUUGUGAUAUUGGUGGAAAUCAUUCUUUGCUUCAGUCUAUUUUUGGCAAAGUAGAACGCCAGCUAUGAGGCGAAAAAAUGUGUGCAUCACAUAUUUUUUUAUGUUACAAAUACGCAUUUGUAGUCACACACGUGCAGUCACAGGUAUUUAAAGGGUUUUUUUGAUUGAAAAGUACUACAAGGACUCUUUUAACAUAUUUUUAAAUAACAAAUUAAGGUCAUUAACGCCUCAACCAUGGUAUGUUCUUGCUGAUGCUGUUUCCAGCGGUUGGUCUGGUGGAAGAGGUUCUCAGCUCUUUUCUAAAUCCUUGUCUUAGGGUAGAUGGUACCUACAGUGAAUAAGUUGAGGCUCAGAUCUGAUUUAAACACAGUCUGUCUUGCAGUGUAGAUGGGGAUGUAGUGUUCCAGUUCUGUCCUUAGAUCCCAUGCCUUGAGCUCGUGCUAAUUUUAGAGAUGUUAUAAAGUAUUUUCACAGUGUGAUUUCAGUCAGCUUCUCUGCUCCACAGAACUUCCUCAGGCAUCAGUAGUGGUCCAGAUCACUUUCAUAUUGCCUUAUUUACUGAGCACUUUUGAAAGCAUCAGAUAGCUGUACCAAAAGCCGAGUUACGAAUUCCUGGAGUGACAUUUCUGGGUGGCAGUCAGAUUUCCCUUCUGCUGGAGUAUUUUGUGGUAGUGCACGGGGUCUGUCUUCUGCAAAACAUCUACGAAUGGCUGCUGUCGAACUUCUCCACCUGUAACCUCUUAAACACUCCCUAAUGUUUUGAGCAGCACUUUGCCAGGGAGACCCAGUGCCAUCCAAAGAUGAUGUCCCCAUCUCCUUGUCAGCGUUUUCUAUGCUUGAUGCCGUCUCCCAAAUGCUGUUCUGUGGCCAGGGGUUCAUAGGAGACCUGGUCUGAUGGGACAGAUUUUGGAGCAAAACACACCUCACAGCUUUGGAGAACGCUUCCCUCAUUGCUUCCCCAUCAGUCAGGUGUGAACCUGCCUGGAAAUCUGUCUUGCUGGUGUAAAUCUUGAGCCAAACUGUGGUAACCUCUAUGCUCAGGUAGGUUACGGUGUUAACGAACAGGUUAACGUUAACCUUCUACCAGCUCGAGUCUACGCAUUGCUAAAACUAACCCCUGCAUGCGUUUGCUGCCUGCCCUGAGUUUCUCUCCCUUCCCAGCUCAGCACAGGGUGCCAGCAGCAGUCUCUGGAUUGUGGCUGGUAACAGGGUGGUGACCCCGGCUCGUGCUCCUCUGGGAACGGCUCUACCUGAGCCACCAGCGCUCCUGAAGUAUUUGAGACUCUGCCUCAGGUUCGACACAGUGCGGGUGAGUGCCGGGAGCUGGUGCCCUCUCCUUGGCAUCCUGCCACCGUUUUCUCUCCCGCUCUCCCAGCGAGGCCGUUCUUUCUACCUCUUGUCACACCUCUUGUCUGUUUGAAUCCCUCUCUCCCUCUCCAACAGCUUUCUUCUCUCCUUCUUCCUCACUUCAGCAAAUCAGAUGUACAUUUUGGCAGGAACACGAGCCACUGCUUUGUCCAGCUCAGGCCACUGCAGCUCUGCCUGGUUCUUGUCUGUGUUUCUUUCCUAGAAUAGUGAGUGUUUGCAAGGCUGCUUUCUCCUCCUUGUGCCUGUAGCCUCAGGGCAGGAUAGAGGGAGGGCUGAGGGUAUGGAGCCAGCCUUCGGAUACUUCAGGAGACCUGUUUUGCCCUGUGGAGGAAUCCCCAAAUUUGGUAGCGCUGCCAGAGCGAGGCCAUUCCUGCCCUCAGCAGGGAUGUCCCCUCUGCAUACGCACUGUGGCACCGCACUGUGGCACCGGGGAGAGUUUGGCCAAACCACCAGCUCAGCUGUUCGUGUCCUGCUGGAAAAACUGGCUUGGGGGACAGUGGCAUCCAGAAAACACCUGUAGCUUAAUGGUGAUAUUAACCCUUUGCUCCUGGGGGUUAGAGUAACCUGAUGAAACACGCUGUCCUUAGACCUUUAGCUUGGCAAAGUGAUACCCAUCUGCCUCAUGUCUUGCUAGAGCGGGGCAGAUAAUCAGGCAUGUUUUAUAAUGUCGUUAUUCCCUUGCCUGGAGUAUAAUGUUUAGACAUCUGUAUUCACACAAGCGGGUCAGGAGUCCUGAUGUGAAGGCUACCAGUUAUAAUCGGGGCUAGGAAAGGUCACCCACAGGUAAUAAAGACAGAGCCACAAAUAGUGAUAAAAAGCUAAAAAUUCCUUCCACUCCCCAACUCUGAGCCAAUGCUCGGUAUCUCUACUACAAAUCCUCUUAUGGUGAGCAAGAAUUUCCGCUGCUUCUGCACUCCAGGCAGGAUUCACCAGAUGUUAAUAAUGUGCUUAUUUUCUCUAAGUGCUAUUUUGGCAUCGGUGUUAAUUACAAUUUAUAUUCUGCAACAUUUACACUGGGAAAAGAACCCACCCUAAUAGUCCCCAAUUGGCAGAGCUGGGCUAUUAAACAUAGCACCAUAUGUUCUGCGCAGAGCAAUAUAUGGGACUCGGAGCCCACUCGGCUCUGAGACUCCGGCGUGCAGCGUUAGAGGAGGAGAGGAGAACAGAGAGAUGGGCAUUUUGUUCCAAGCUUUUAUUUAAUAUGGAAUUCCCCCUCCUUUUCUCUGGUCUCUGUCCCCAUCUCUCCAGAAAUCUCCCUCCUGCUGUCUGUGAGCAGGAGGUGAUCUCAGAGCCUGCUGAUGCCACUGUCCGCAGUCUAAAAUAAAUGAAUUCAAUUACAGAAGGUGCCCUUCUCACGGGGGCCGCCCCUGCAGGAUUCCCAGUCCCUGCCAGCAAGUUUUUCCGUGCUCCAAAUCAGACCUUCUUUGGGGACUAGAGAAGCAAUCUUUGCUUGGGCCACCACCAGGAAUCUUUGCUUUGAGCACCAUGCUUCUUUGGGAGAAGGAUAUCCUGGCACGAGUGCUAUUAGUGCAUAAAAUUUGAAGCCUGCAGCUCUGCUGAUGUCCAAAGUCUUGUUUAGCAACAUGGCAUUUGGUUCAGAGGGUCUAGACCCGAAGAGUCACAGUGGUUUUGACGUGCGGAAUUUGGUGGUGCUAAGUCAUCAGCGCUUCCAUAGGUUUCUUAGGAGGACUGUAGGUUUAAGGAUUGCAUCCUCAGCUGUUUUGCAAAGCCGAUUUCAUGGUCUCUUUAGAGAAUGGCAGCGUAUCCAGUGCUCAGUUUGGAAAGGGGGUUGUGUGGCAGCAGCCUUUCCCUUCAGGAGAUGGAUUGUGGUUGCUUGUCUGUCAGAGAGACAGCUCGUCAGGAGGAGAAGAGAUGGGAGUGAAAGGAGGCAGGGCAGGAGUGUGAUGUGGGCCUCGAACUGGAAGCCAGACACGCACUGUGAGACUUGGCCUCAGUUUCCCCACGUGUGAAAGGGGACAAGGACGCACCCGCCUUGCGCGAGGGACUGUACAGGGGUGCGGAAUCUUCUCCCCCCAACACGAGGUGCUGCUCCCUUGGGAGGAGACAGCAGGGCUGAGAGCUUGCUCGCUGGAACUCGCGUGGCCUCCUCCUCCUCUGCCGAAGCACAGGAGGCUCUUGGGGAGCAGCGCAGGAUCCGUCCCUUCUGUCCCUUCACCCUGCUGAUCUCCAGAGGCGACGUACAGGAAUGAGCCUUCAUGUUCUAAGGUGCUGGGUGCUUUCUCUCAGCAGCCCCUUUUGUUUUUUUUUAGGAUGGGGUAUCCCCCUAUGGCCGCAGAAAUGGGGGGCUUUUCCAUUUUGGAGUUAAUUCAUCUGCUUAAGGGCAAUUGGGUCCCCCCAGAGAGUGUCCGGCUCCCGUCCCCUGGCUGCAGGAGCCGUGCUGGGUGUUGCAGAGGCGAAUCUUCCGUUGCGGCUCUCCUGCCUCUGCUGAGAUGCGCAGGCAGCCGGGGUGCUCCAACAGGAGAGUCAUUUCCAUAGAAACCAGUGGGGAUGUUGUACGAGGAAUAAUGAUUAAUAGUGCAGGGAUGUUGCCUCAGGCCCUUUUCAUUUUUUAGGGGGCAGCGAGGGACAAACCAGAGCACAGGCUGGGGGACAGGCGGGCUCGAAAACUAAUGGAAACCGUCCCUUCCAUUAAUUUCCAGGGCAGCUUCCCCUCUUCUCCUCCUGCCCUGCUCCCCCACUGCUGCUUCCCAGCUUUCGUCAAAUUUUCAAAAUGGCUAACCUGGUUAGAAAUAAUCAUAAUAAUAAAAAAGGAUGGAUGAGGUCUGACUACUAACAUUGUUGCUGUUAGCAGCAGGAUUUCAGCCAUAAAACACGAAGCAAGGGAGGCAUUGACCUUUCCGCUGUUUGAAAUGAAUGGAGACAUCAAUAUCUAUUGUUUUGUGGCAUUGACCUCUGACGCUCUCGCUUUGCCCUCCCCUUUCUUUUUUUUUAAUUUCCCCCUGACACUCGAGGAAAGGGGUCGGUUUGUACCAUCUAUUGAUCCCGAUCUUACUUGGUGAUAGGGAAAUAAUUAGAAUUUUAAAGAUCUCUGCUGUACGCUGCUGAAACACACAGAUGCGCACGCUAAGCCCCCGCUUCCCGCGUUGCGUUCUCCCCCCGUCCUUGCGGAGAUUCAAAGCUCUGAGAUCUGAAGGGAGACAGAUCAAUAUAGGUUUAAUCACGAUGGGGUUUUUAUUUCAGUUUUUUACAUGGUAAAGUGUAACGUUUUAUGUUAAUGCUGUCGGAGUCUGGCUGCCUGGUGCCUUGUUUUAUUUAUUGUUUUAAGUAGCCCCUUCUUUUGUGAACUUCAUCUAUGUACAGAGAAUGUGAAAUCAGGCAUUGCUAAUUAGCUGUAUGACAAUUAAGUAAUGUAGCACAAAACCAUUAGGACACUGGAUUUGUUUUUGAAGUUUGUCCUUUGAAGUGGAAGCUGCAGCUCCCUGCCCAAGGCUGCUGGGGAAAAUGUUUUUCUAUCAAAACUUUCUUUGAAAAUAAAAUGUCAGUGUAAGAGUCCCUAUUUCUGUCGUCUCUCCCUAUAAACAGCGGGUGGAAAUUGUUUCUCGUUGUAAGAUCUGCUGGCAUUGAUAGAAAGGGGAAUUCAGAAAAGCGUUGAAUAGGCAGUCGGUCUCCAAAACCCCUUGGUUCUGGUAGAGACGUUACCAAAACUGCUUGUUUCACUUGUUGAAAGAGAACGGUGCUGCCCUGCGGGAGAAGACCCAGGUCACAACCAAGGCCCUGGGGAUGGCAAAGGGAGGUGUCCCCCAAAAUUGUGGGUUCACCUCUGCCACCCGAAGUGCCAUCAGGACGCGGCGCAGCCUGGUCACAAAUACCGACAGGCUCCUCGGUUUGGGCUCCUCCAUCUCUGCACUCGGUUGACACUUGUGUGUUUGCGUCUGGCCCUUUGUUCUAGUAGUGAGACGAAUUCUGAAUGUGCAACUUUCAUGUACGCUGGUGGCAUGUAACAUUUCAAAUAAAGAGUGAAACUGAUGUUGAA